GUCUCGACGACACUUCGGUCACACUGCUCUUUUGGCGUGUAGUGCUGCGUGGAUGUUGUUGCAAAAAUAUUAGUUUUCUCGCAACAAAUAAAAAUCUAAAACAAAAUGCGUCCGUUGAUGCUGCAAGGCCACGAGCGUUCCAUAACGCAAAUCAAAUACAACCGUGAGGGCGACCUGCUCUUCUCCUGCUCCAAGGAUCAGAAGCCCAAUGUAUGGUACUCGCUGAACGGAGAACGUUUGGGAACGUACGAUGGUCAUCAGGGUGCGGUUUGGUGCUUGGAUGUAGACUGGGAGAGCCGUAAGCUCAUCACCGGUGCCGGUGAUAUGACCACAAAAAUCUGGGACGUCGAGUACGGCACAAUCAUCGCCUCCAUUCCGACCAAGUCUUCGGUGCGUACAAGCCACUUCAGCUUCUCGGGCAACCAGGCAGCCUAUUCAACGGAUAAGGCGAUGGGACAGAGUUGCGAGUUGUUCCUCAUCGAUGUGCGCAACGCCGACUCCUCGCUGUCGGAGCAGGAACCCACACUGCGCAUUCCGAUGACUGAGUCCAAGAUUACUUCGAUGCUAUGGGGCCCUCUGGAUGAGACUAUCAUUACAGGCCACGACAACGGAAACAUUGCCAUCUGGGAUAUCCGCAAGGGUCAGAAGGUGGUCGACUCCGGAUCGGAUCACACAGGCGGCAUUAACGACAUGCAGCUCAGUAAGGAUGGCACCAUGUUUGUCACCGCUUCAAAGGAUACCACCGCCAAGUUGUUCGAUUCAGAGUCACUAAUGUGCCUAAAGGCUUACAAGACAGAACGUCCUGUGAACUCGGCAGCCAUUAGCCCAAUUCUGGAUCACGUCGUUCUUGGUGGCGGUCAAGAUGCGAUGGAAGUGACAACAACAUCUACGAAAGCUGGCAAGUUCGACUCCCGCUUCUUCCACCUGAUCUACGAGGAGGAAUUCGCCCGACUAAAGGGCCAUUUCGGACCAAUCAACAGUUUGGCCUUCCAUCCAGACGGCAAGAGUUACGCCUCGGGCGGAGAAGACGGUUUCGUGCGUGUCCAGACAUUCGAUAGUACAUACUUUGAAAACAUCUUUGAGUAGUUUACUGUCAGUAGUCAAUAGGAGGAAAACCAGAGCCGGUGGACUGUAACCUAACCUUUUCAUCGGCGCCAUGUUCGUUUGCUUAGGGAACUAUCAAAUAUACGCGAGGACAAAACGAAA